CCGCGUCCCGCAGGAGAUGGUCGACAUGGUCAUUGACGAACUUGGUCGCACGUAUCAGCGCUCAGCGUUGGCCGCGUGCUCACUCACCUGCCGGGAUUGGCUCCCACGCAGCAGAAUUCACAUCCAUUCCUCCGUCCGCAUCGACUCUUGCAGUAACAUCGAACGCCUCACCAAGCUCUACGACUCUCACCUCGCUCGAUACGUUCGCAGCCUCAGCAUCGAUGCCUGUGUCGAUGGCGAGCCCGUGUCUCAUCCCUGGGUCGACAACGCGCGUCCCCUCCUCAGCCUCUUCCACAACGUUGACAGGCUCGCGCUGGAUGCCAUCAUCUGGCAGGAUCUUCACAAGGACACGCAGAAGACCAUCCUCGAGCGGUAUUCAUCGGUGUCGGACUUGUGGGCGUCCACCUGCGACUUUGCUGACCCUUGCGAGUUCGUAAAGCUCUUGCAAGCAUUCCCGAAGCUCGAGAGCGUCCGUAUGGAGGGGAUGUGUUGGGACACGUCGGAGUGCGAGAAGCAACUCGCUAACAACGGUCCUGAGCUCCGUCUCAAGUGGCUCGAUGUCAACGAACUGUGUAGCUAUCCAAGCGUUGUGGCCAAGUGGGCCUCACGCCACCGCACGUCCGUUCAGAUCGAGAACAUCCACUUCUCCUGGGGCUGCGACAAUCCAGGCGAUCUCGACAUGCUCCUUCAGCUCGCCGGCCCUUCAGUCAAGACGCUCUCGCUCAAUCUAUCUGAUCACACCCAAGGGUCGAUGUCCCCGUCAGGUUCGAUGCAGCCUUUUCUGAAUCUGAAGAACAACACAUCGCUGCAGACCCUGCGCCUGUCCUUGCGCCUCGAAUCUCCCAUCCAGGUCGACAUGUCGUGGUUUUCGGAAAUCCUGUCACAGUUGAACGCCACUCGCCUCACGACGGUGACCUUCUACGUCGAGAUGCUGUUCUGCCAGCAACUCGGAUGGGUCAAAUGGACCGAGAUAGACGAGUUCCUCUCGAACCCGAAAUUGAAGGUUUUGACGAAGGUCGAGCUGUCGCUCUGGAGGAGGAGCACGCCCUCCUGCUUUGAUAACAAGGAUGUCGAUGUCCCCGCGAAGUUCAAAGAACAUUUACCCAAGUUACAUGAACGCAAGAUCUUUUUUCUCUCACAAAACUUCAACUAACGCAGGCUUGCGGCCCUGUUGAGAGCCCUGACAUUCACAGUGUUCGGCUUCCAGGAGGGCCAGAGGCGGCUUGUUCUGCCGCCUUCAAAUUUGCGUGAUUGCAAGUCUCAUACACGACUUUACUAAAGAAAAGAAAAAAAGGUCGUUCAGGACGUGUAUUCUGUUGUUCUGGUUUUUUCUUCCUUUCAACAUUCAAUGCCUGCUUGGAGGGCUUAUGUGCGCAUGCAUACCAGGCCCUGUUCGGAGGCCUUGUCAAAUCAAAUACCCAAAGUUGAUUAUCUUGAUAUGGCUCGCC